UCUAGAGCAGAACACACAGCAUUUCAAUUGCCUUUCCUCUUAUUAUCGCAUCAGUAUUUCCUAUUCAUAGCAGCCAGUGAGGGUUUGUUUUGCAGCUCUGUGGUAGUGAGGUGGGUGGCAUCACAUGAACAUAUCAUGUUGAUUCAUAUGUUCUGCUUUGUAGGACUACCCGCACAUAUUUCACUUGGCACAAAUAUAUAGUGACCCUUUUUUUAAUUCUUCAUCUACAAGGUUUACCUGGAGAUUCAGAUUUUCUUUUAUUUGGGCAUAUACUGCUUUUAUGGUGUCAAGAAGCUGUAAUCCAGUUGCUAAAGUGAGUAUGAGCUAAUUCCCCUCCCCUGUGCUCUCUGCAGAAUCCAGCAGUUGUUCAUGGAGCUGCUGUCUAACAGCAGGCAGCUGAGGUGGUUGUCCUGUAGCUUCAUGCUGGGUCUGGUGACUCCCUGCUCCUUCGCCUGUCUGUCAAACCCCUCAGCUGAGACCCUGCGACACCUCAGCCUACUGGACCACCAGCUAGGUCCCCUCAUCUCACCCUCAGAGUUGAGUCGUCUGUCUAAUCUUCGUUCUCUGGCUCUGGAUUUCUCCGAUUUGACGUCCGAACUCUGCGCUCUGCUAGCAUCUCCGCGCCGAAUUCCACUGCACCGCCUGUCCCUGCUGCUCAACGGCGCUGCCCUGGAGUUCAAACCGCUGGAAGGGACCGCUACGGAGGAAGAUUGGAAAUCCCUGGUUCGUUCGAGCACCAACUUGCGAGUGUACCUCAUGGCCCUGGAGGUCGACAGCUCCGAGCUCCUCCGAGUCCUGAAGCCCAGCCUCCCUCUCGAGCGCCUCCACCUGGACAGUUACAGCACACUGGUGACCGACGGCACCUUGGAGCUCAUCACUCAGCAGUACAAAAAAACACUGACGCACUUCCUGCUCCUGAGGGACGACCCCGACUUCCCCGACCUCAGCAUCAAUCGGAACGAAGACCCCUUGGUCCUGUUGGCAUGGAGAUGCACUCAGCUGGCUGUACUGGUGAUACAUGGUGAGUUUGGCUUGUUUUACAGGAAGUCCCUGAAUCCACAUAGUGUUUCAAUUUCGAGAGCCUUUGUCUUUUUUGCGCGAAGCAACUUCCAGAAAAAGAGUUGCUUCACCUUUUUUGUGCGCCCGCCAUGAGCCCUUCCAGUUAAAAAUAUUUAAACAUACCACCAGAAGCUGCUUACAGCUGUGUUUUUUGGAUGGAAAAUAUCAUUACAAAGAGUGAAAAUGAAAUCUCUUUUAGUGUAUUGGCUGGUAUGAGCUGGAUGUUGCUGUCAGACUGAAGCUUGAGAGCAAGAAUCUUUUUGGUUGGUGCUUAUGAGGUAAAAAAUAAAGCUAGAUAAACGGCAAGGCUGCAAAUGUAGGCUGUCAUUCAACAAGUGAUAGUUUGUUGUCAUAUAGAUUUCAUAGAAAAAUUAAAUAAAGCUUUUCAUAUUUAUUUUUUAUUCAAGUGUUUUCUUGGCCUACUGUACGUCAGUGAUUAUAGUGUUUUUUUAAAGGUAUUUCAGUCACACAACAAAAUCAAAUGCGCUAAUGGGGGCAGCUGUAGACUAGAAACUCCUGUGUUCCGCAAGGUAAAAAUGACUGUUUUGUGGUUUGUGACUGGAGUUUAGGGAACACCUUCAGGUCCUGACAGCUAGGUAAAGUAGUAAAACAUUUCAAAAAAUAGCUAACACUUAUUUACUAUCGAUCUUUUUGGGACGGGUUGAAUUCUAUAUAUUUACCAAAAUCAAUGUAUUGCUGCAUUAUCAUAGAGUUAGAGUUGGAAGCAGUUAUAUAAAGGUAAAAAGUUGCAUAAUGUUGCUAUAAACAGGGUUCGUAUGGGUGCUGGAAAUCCUUGAAAAUACUUGAAAUUGUACGAGGUGUUUUCAAGGUUUGAAAAGUGCUUGAAUUUUGGGAAUGGUGCUUGAAUUUGGGAUAAAGUGCUUGAAAUUGUAAAUGCUUUACUUCGCUUUUAAGAUUAAAA